AUGAAAGAUAUUCAGCACAUAGUACGAGAAAAGAAGCAGAAGAACAGUAAGAAUGGGGACAAAAAAAAGAGCAAUAAGAACGAGAAGAAUAAGGAACAUAAGCAGAAUUGUGGAUGUAAGAAGCAUAAGAAGAAUGAGGAUUAUAAGAAGAACAAGAAAAGCAAAGAAUAUAAGAAAAGUGAGAAGAAUGAGGAAGUUAAGAAGAACAUGAAGAAAGAAGAACAUAAAAAGAGUGAGAAAAAUGAGGAACCUAAGAAGAACAAGAAGAGUAAAGAACAUAAGAAGAAUACAAAAAAUACCGAACAGAGGACGAUUGCGAAAAAUAAGGAACAUAAGAAGAACAAGGAGGAUAGGAUAAAGAACAUAAGAAAAUUAAGAAAAAUGAGGUACAUAAUAAGAACAAGAAGAAUAAACAGCAUAAGAAGAAUGCAAAGAAUAAGGAACAUAAAGGAAGAAAGAAGAAUAAGGAUCAUAGGAUGUCGCCAACGUCGCGACGCGCGUAAAAUCUCGCUCGAGGCUGACUCGAGACAUCCUCGGAAGAACAGGGCCGUCGUUAAGAAGAACAUGAAGAAAGAAGAACAUAAAAAGAGUGAGAAAAAUGAGGAACCUAAGAAGAACAAGAAGAGUAAAGAACAUAAGAAGAAUACAAAAAAUACCGAACAGAGGACGAUUGCGAAAAAUAAGGAACAUAAGAAGAACAAGGAGGAUAGGAUAAAGAACAUAAGAAAAUUAAGAAAAAUGAGUGCCGUAGAAGACGGGGGUAGUUUGCGAAGGGUGUCAGGAACAAAUGGUGGUAGCGUUCUUGAAGCUCGUUUACAACUUCGAAUCAGUUAA